AUGGUCAGUCUUUUUUUUUUUUUUCUUUUUCUCCCCACAGGUAUCAAGCAUGAUGGGACUAUGUGUGAUACUUGUCGACAGCAACCCAUCAUUGGCAUCCGAUGGAAAUGUGCUGAAUGCACAAAUUAUGACUUGUGCACAGUUUGCUAUCACGGGGACAAACAUCACUUGAGGCAUCGGUUUUACAGAAUUACCACACCAGGAAGUGAAAGGGUGUUGUUGGAGUCUCGCCGUAAAUCAAAGAAAAUUACAGCAAGAGGAAUCUUUGCAGGUGCCAGGGUAGUACGAGGAGUUGAUUGGCAAUGGGAAGAUCAAGAUGGUGGCAAUGGGCGCAGAGGAAAGGUAACUGAAAUCCAAGAUUGGAGUGCAUCGAGUCCACAUAGCGCAGCAUAUGUUCUUUGGGACAAUGGUGCUAAAAACCUUUACAGAGUUGGCUUUGAAGGCAUGUCUGACCUGAAAUGUGUCCAAGAUGCAAAAGGAGGCUCUUUCUACAGGGACCAUUGUCCUGUGUUAGGUGAGCAAAAUGGUAACAGAAACCCUGGUGGGCUGCAAAUAGGUGACCUUGUAAACAUUGACCUUGAUUUGGAAAUUGUACAGUCUUUGCAGCAUGGUCAUGGAGGAUGGACUGAUGGCAUGUUUGAAACUUUAACAACAACUGGAACAGUUUGUGGUAUUGAUGAGGAUCAUGAUAUUGUAGUACAAUAUCCAAGUGGCAACAGGUGGACGUUUAAUCCAGCUGUUCUCACCAAAGCCAAUGUUGUCCGAAGUGGAGAUGCUGCUCAAGGUGCAGAAGGAGGUACCUCUCAAUUUCAAGUGGGUGACCUUGUUCAAGUAUGUUAUGACUUGGAGCGAAUCAAGCUUCUUCAGAGAGGUCAUGGAGAGUGGGCUGAAGCAAUGCUUCCAACUUUGGGUAAAGUUGGUCGGGUCCAGCAGAUCUAUUCAGACAGCGACUUAAAGGUAGAGGUUUGUGGGACAUCUUGGACAUACAAUCCAGCAGCUGUCUCAAAGGUGGCAUCAGCAGGAUCUGCUAUAAGUAAUGCAUCUGGUGAGAGAUUGUCCCAGCUGUUGAAGAAAUUAUUUGAAACCCAAGAAUCUGGAGAUCUCAAUGAAGAAUUGGUUAAAGCUGCUGCCAAUGGAGACGUUGCUAAAGUGGAAGACCUGCUAAAGAGACCAGAUGUAGAUGUGAAUGGGCAAUGUGCUGGACACACAGCUAUGCAAGCCGCUAGUCAGAAUGGCCAUGUCGACAUUUUGAAGUUGCUUCUGAAACAGAAUGUGGAUGUAGAAGCAGAGGACAAAGACGGAGACAGGGCCGUCCAUCAUGCAGCCUUUGGUGAUGAGGGUGCUGUGAUAGAGGUUUUGCACCGAGGCAGUGCAGAUUUGAACGCUCGCAACAAACGCAGGCAGACCCCACUUCAUAUUGCUGUCAACAAAGGUCAUCUGCAAGUUGUGAAGACUUUACUGGACUUUGGCUGCCAUCCUAGUCUCCAGGAUUCUGAAGGUGACACUCCACUUCAUGAUGCAAUAAGUAAAAAGCGUGAUGACAUCCUUGCUGUAUUGUUAGAAGCUGGAGCAGAUGUUACUAUCACCAACAACAAUGGGUUUAAUGCUCUUCACCACGCUGCGCUAAGAGGAAACCCUAGUGCAAUGCGUGUAUUGUUGUCCAAGUUACCACGACCAUGGAUUGUUGACGAGAAAAAAGAUGAUGGUUACACAGCCUUGCACCUGGCAGCUCUCAAUAAUCAUGUGGAAGUGGCUGAACUUUUGGUGCAUCAGGGCAAUGCUAACCUGGAUAUUCAGAAUGUUAACCAGCAAACUGCUCUGCACCUUGCCGUUGAACGACAGCAUACACAAAUUGUUAGGCUCUUAGUCCGUGCAGGUGCUAAGCUGGAUAUUCAGGAUAAAGAUGGGGAUACUCCCCUGCAUGAAGCCCUGAGACACCACACCCUGUCACAGCUCCGCCAACUCCAAGACAUGCAAGAUGUGGGCAAGGUAGAUACUGCUUGGGAGCCAUCAAAGAACACAUUAAUAAUGGGACUUGGCACUCAGGGAGCAGAGAAGAAGAGUGCAGCAUCUAUUGCCUGCUUCCUGGCAGCCAACGGAGCUGACCUCAGUAUUCGUAAUAAGAAGGGUCAGUCUCCUCUCGACCUCUGCCCUGAUCCUAGUCUCUGCAAAGCAUUGGCUAAAUGUCACAAAGAAAAAGUCAGUGGUCAGGUUGGUUCCCGAAGUCCAUCUAUGAUCAACAAUGAUUCUGAAACCUUAGAAGAAUGUAUGGUGUGUUCAGACAUGAAGAGAGAUACUCUGUUUGGCCCAUGUGGACACAUUGCCACGUGUUCUCUGUGCUCACCACGGGUGAAAAAAUGCCUCAUCUGUAAAGAACAAGUUCAGUCUAGGACAAAGAUUGAAGAAUGUGUAGUAUGUUCAGACAAAAAGGCAGCAGUGCUUUUCCAGCCUUGUGGUCAUAUGUGUGCCUGUGAGAAUUGUGCAAGCUUGAUGAAGAAAUGUGUACAGUGUCGGGCGGUGGUUGAGCGAAGAGUGCCUUUCAUAAUGUGCUGCGGAGGGAAAGGUACAGAAGAUACCACUGAUGAUAUUUCAAGUGGAAACAUUCCAGUUUUGCAGAAAGACAAAGACAACACCAAUGUUAAUGCGGAUGUACAGAAGCUGCAGCAACAGUUACAAGACAUCAAGGAACAGACUAUGUGUCCUGUCUGUUUGGACCGUCUGAAGAAUAUGAUCUUUCUCUGUGGCCAUGGAACGUGUCAACUUUGUGGAGACCGAAUGAGUGAAUGCCCUAUAUGCCGCAAGGCAAUUGAACGAAGGAUCCUUCUGUAUUAAGUAGUGGAACCAGUGUCUUUUACUAGCUUAUGAAAUAGUAAGGACAUUUUGAUGAUUUAAAUCUCCGUAAGCUUGAAAGGCAGUAAAGGGUUCUAAUGAAAACAUUUCUAAUACUGUAGCACAGGUUCAUUACAUGGUAAUUGUUUAAAGACUGUGAACACACCAAUUAAGAGAACAGUAUUUGAACAGUCAGCUCUUAGCUUUACUCUUAAAAAACAUCUAAGCCUGGAGCUAAUUUAAAGCAGUCUCUUUUUCAUUUCCUUUCUGUCUUCUUCCCCUUAAAGUUUAAAGGGACAAUCUUAUUUUGGUUUCAUUCAUGUUUUUUAAUGUAUGUAUCGUGUCAAGUGAUGUAAGGGGUGGGUUUUUUUAUAUUGUCAGUUAAUAUCAAAUAUAAAUAUUUAGGAUUUUUUGUUUUAUGCUUUUCUGGAUAAUGUUGAAAUUUCCUGUGACAGUUGUGAUUCACAAUAAUUUCUGUCUUGAAAUAUACAAUAAUGCAAAAUCAAUAUAAAGUGUAUACACAGUAGUAAUACAUAUACAAUUCCCAUAAGAUCAGGCCUCAAAAUACAAUGUUAAGGUAAUUCUAACUUUAUCAUGCCCUUUGUUGCUGAGGAUGGGUUGGGAAGGAAACAGUAAAAAGAAAAAUCUAGUUUAGAAACACUGUGUUCCCAAAACUGCACUUUAGUCUAACGGGUUCAAGCUAACUUAAAUAGUGAACUUCUUAAUUCUGCUAGCCACAUAAUUUUGUAUGGAAUUGCAUUUAACUUGACAGGAAAGGAAAACAUUCACACAAUGGGUCAGUUAUCCAUUUCAGAUGAGUGAAUUUGAUCAGUUGUGGAGGAACAUACAUAUAUGUGGGGCCAUUUAAAAAUUCUGGGUCUAUGAGUUAGGAGUAAGUAGGGAUUUUGCAAGGUUUCCUCUCUUAAAUUAGUUUUAUUGUCUCCAGGCAAACAGUGUCAACAGCAAAAGAGAAGAUUUAAUAUUGCUUAUUCAUCUAAGUUGGGUGUUAACACCAGAACUUAUCUGUGAACAUUACUGGGUAAUACUGCAAAUGAAGAUACUGCUGACAGAACAGUGAAUUUUGUGAGCCAUGCCUAGGUGAGUUGAAGUUGGCUGAAGGAGUUAGCUGUCACUGAUGCGACAAAGAGGUGUUCCUGACCCCAAAAAUGCUACUGUCAGGAACUGCAAACUGUUAACUUUUUGAUAAUAAGUACAUCCUUCCAUCUUUUUGGAUGGAAGAGUAUGCUGAUUCAAGGAUCUCUUGUAGUUAAAAGGAACAUGUGCUUACUCCUAAGUGAUUUAGCAGUUUUCUGAGUGCAUAGUUUAUGUAGCCCUUUGCCAUUGUGCAGGCUUCAUUUGGAUGUGCUCUUGCAGAACAAGAAAUCCAUGCUGGAGUCACUUAGGUGCCUUACUUGCAGCUAAGAUUAAUUUCUCAUUUGAUUCUCAUUGCAUAAGUCAAAAAUGUGGAAAAAGGGAUAGUUCAGGGGAAGAUCCAAGUAAGGAUAAAGGCAUAAAAUUGUGAUCUCUUCAGAUAAAUCGAUCUCAGUCUUUUGAAGCUUAUGUUGAUAUGCCUGAAUUGUGCAAACAUUGGCAAAAGUCUCAGAUGAAUGUUACUGGUGAACUGUAAAGAUAGGUGAACUUUUAAAUAGUAAGGUUUAAACACUGAAUAGAGUUUUCCAGGAAACAACUACAGUGAUAUAUUGGAAAAAUGUAUGUAGAGUGGCUUUUAACAUAGCAAAGUGAUGUCAUACGCAAGCCUUUCUAUAGCCAUCUUUAAUCCUGAUCCAGAAUUGCAAAUGUUCAUCAUUCUUUUCAGAAGUUUUUCAUUGGACACAAUCCCAAUCUGGAGUUAAUAUAGUACUCUGGUUUAUUUUGUAUACUAGUAGUCAUCUGUUCUCCAAUAAUCUGUGUAUCUGUCAUCUUGGCCAAGUGAAAUAGCCCUCCCUUUUCCUGCUUUUUGGGUCCCUAUUCUGAAAUAUCAAAAUUUCAAGGAGCUUUGGAAAGUUUUUGAUAUAAGGCUUUUUUUCAGCUCAGCAUUUCACUAUCUCCACUUAAGAUCUGAGUGUUCACUGCAAUUUUCAUUUGGCCAAUAUGCAUGUCACCAAGUCUGAUUUUUUUUUUUGUAGCAUGUUUGACUUUCUGUAGUAGGCUUCAGUUUCCUGUCAGUCUUCUUCUAAAAAUAAUUUUAUAAUUGUGCUGUUUGACAAUCCAUUCUGAGUUUUAGCCUGUAAUGCAUCAGAUCUGUACCUUGGUUUCCUCUGGCUCUGGUAGACAUAUUUUGAAUAUUGUGUCGUAUUUAUUCUUCAAGGGGACCUCUGUAAACUGUUAUCAGCACAAAGGCAGGGUGGAUUUCUUCUUGAUAAUGCAGCUCAAAACUGAAACCUCAAUAUAGCAGUUGGCAUUUUCCUAAUUCUUUUUCACUGGAACAAGCCAGAAUUACUUGAAAGUAUUCCGACUUAGUAUCGAUUGAAUAAUUCAGCUGAGUAAAAACUGAUUUAAUGCAUCCUGGGUGGGAAACUGGAGUUGAAUGUUAAAUACUCCUUGUCUGCAGGGGCACAUAUUGUAGCAUAGAUAUGCAAGUGCUCUGUUAGGCUUGUACUUUUCAACAGAGAAGCUGUAAGUUACGUUAUAACACUUAAUAGUUGGAUGCCAUCGCAGUCCUAUGGAAAUAGAGACAAUGGCUGAAGGUAUUGCUAUGGGAGCAGCUGUAGUCUUCUAUACUGUAGUCACACCAGAUGUAUGUGACUGCAUACAAGUUUGUAUGUAUGUAUUGUACUCAUUCGGCAAUGUUGUGUGCCAGCUGAAAUUAAAGUAUGUCAACUUGGUGCCACGAGAAACAGCUGAAUUAGAAAAACUAGGUAAGCUAACCAACAUGCUUGAAUUAUUAAUAUAGGCCUCUUAUUAACAGGUGAAAGAGCUGUAUCUUUUAUUGGGAAAGCUACACAGUGCUUGCCUUUCAAAAAACUUAAUGAGGAAAAAUGUUUGCAAAUCCAAUAUCAUUUAUGGAAAUAGAUAUUUAGAUUCACACACUAUCUUUGGAUUCUGAUAUAGAAGGUGAACUAGUGUUGUUGAAGAAGCUAGUAAGUUCAUUCACUCAGUUUAGUCUGGUAUCAUCUGUGCAAUGUGCACAGAGUGCAAAUGUUUAAUUGGAUAACACUUAAAUAAUCAAAAGAUGAAAAACAGAAGCUCAGUUGGAAGCCAAAGGUGAUCAUAACAAGUAGGAGAGUUGAGUAUAUGUCAUUGUGCCUCUGUCUUCAGCAAAAAUGAAAGUGUAAAUCUGAAUAUUAUUAUUAUUAUUAUCAUUAUCGUCACUAUUAUUAGGGAGCAAAGUGAAAAUGAGAGAAAAAUAAGUAAGGCAUUUAUCUCUAAUGUACUGUAAAAUCAUAAAAUGUAAGAAUUGAAAGCUUUGUUUAUGAUUAUCCCCCAGUAUUUAAUAGCCGUUUUGAAACUAAAUUGAAUGAAAUAUCUCAGUUUGUUUCUUGAAACAAUCAAGGCACCUAAUAAUAUAUAUUGUUCAGGUGUGAGGUAUGCUCAGAUGUUUAAAUAAAAUACUUUUCAUUUUUUUCCAUUUAGUAAAAUACAUAAACGGUCACAUCAGUACACAGUGAUUUAAAGUAUAAAGACAACCUAAGAGGCUAACAGAAUAUGCUAAAUAGUUGUAGCUUGUUAACUUCUGUAUAACUAUGUUUGACUUUUUUCCCCCCAGACCUACUGUCUAUCACUUACUAUACCCCAAGCUCAUAUGGCACUUCUCAGAAUUUGGGCUAUUAUUACCUACUUUCCAUUUGUUGAAAUACUGUGUACUUGUAUGUUGGGGUUUGGAGGAAUCCCUUUUUACUGAAAAUUACACUGGCAGGAGAAUAAACAAGUUACUUUGUAAAUGUGAAAGUUUGAUUAGGAGGUGGUGUUCUUAACUUGGACUGGGUGAGGAUAUAGCAGAUUUGCACAAGUACUUGUGCCUUGUUAGCAUAGUCUUACCAUCGGUAUUUUAGCUUCUUUUAAAGACGUGCAAUGGUCUUUUAAAAAUAAUCUGGUUUAAGUACUAUUUGUGUAGAUAUUUUCUAGAGAUCAAGUUUUAUGUAUGCCUAAUUAUUUUUAGCAGUAUUCAUUGUAGUUUGUGUAAACACUAAAUUGUUCGAAGAAGCUGCUUUCAGCUAGUGAUCUAAGCUUCCUCUACAAAAUUAAAUGUCAGAAACUUAAUUUUACUCUUCCAGUAGCAGCUGGUGAACCGAAGGGCCUAUCUUGUUCUUUGUGCUGCAUGGGUCAAGUUUUCACUUAAAAAAACCCGACAACACUACAGCCUAACUUUUAGCAGUGCUACCUCCUUUCUGUCAAAGUACUGAAUUCUUCUCUAGUUGUUCUUUGUCUUUGGGAAGGGAUGGGGAACACAUCAGUUUUGUUUUGCUUCAUCAGUUUUGAUGUCUGAAUACAUUGCAAAGGUUUUUUACUGACUGUAUAAAUGACGUACAAUACAAGUGUGUGAUUUGCCACAAUGUACAUUGUAUAUCAUUCUUGCACAAGUUGCUGGAAUUUGUACUGUUGUCUCUUUAUGCAUUUCAUAACUUGUUUGUGUUGACAAAGCAAAACUGUUAUCCGCAGAAGUUUUGGUAUGUGCCAUGUCUAUAGCUAAGCCUGUGGUAAAUACGAAAGUUCUGACUCAGGGCUUUUUAACAACUUAAACACGUUCACAAUAUUCUUCAGCACAUCUUGGAGAAUACUAGAGAUUUAAUGACUGUACAGUGCCUUGAUAGAACUAUUGAAUGGGCGGCAGCCAUAGAGUCCUUACGGAAUGCAAGUAUCUUUUAAAUCCAGUUAAUGAGUUGAUGUUAAUAUAAUUGUAAUACCCCUGCCAUGGAUUUAUAAACUCGUAUAUACUUUCUGUAAAGGAAAAUCAGCAAAUUUAGGUAUUGUUAAGCUUUCUGAAAGUUGUUUGAUUGUUACGCCAGUCAUGGGGGUCUGAAGGGCAUAGUAUUCAAAUUUACAGAAGCAGCGUUUGUGGCAAAGAGAGCUGAUAAAAUGUUCUGUAUGUGACAUUUCAGCGUGAGGGGAGAGGUCAUUGUAUAAACAAACAUGUAAAAAUACCUGCUUUACUCUGGCCCAGUAAGUCUUUUAUAAGAGAGGGAGAGAAAUAAUCGGCAACAAAUCUGUAUGUUUGCAUGCCAUUUCAUAGUUACAAAAAUUUAAGUCUCAUUUUGAGCUUCUAGGAAAUCCUUUUUGUCCCAAGCUUAGUGUCUUAGUGAAUGCAAACUACACAUAUUAGAAAACAGGUUUUGCUGAACCACAGGAACAUUUUUGCUUUUGUUAAAACCAACUUUGUAUUUUCAGUAAAUUGUAGAUUUUGACAUGACUGUUUAUUGGAGAAGUUUAAGGUUGUCUGUGUGAAUGUGGUGGAUUUCUGUAUGCAGACAGCAUUGUAUAAUUGCUUGCAUUAAAACUGCUCAGCAAGGUCUAAGCUUUUCAAAGGAAAUGCUAAUGUACUGUAUGGUUAAUAAAACUUAUCUAAUAAGAUG